CACCAUUGCAGGAGAUGCGGAUACUGCGUGGAGGGCAUGGACCAUCAUUGCUUUUAUAUCAACAACUGCGUGGGGGAUAGAAAUCAUCGGUAUUUCAUUCUCUUCUUGUUCUGGGUCUCCCUCUCCACCCUCUUUGUUGCUGUCUGCUCCUUCCUCACCCUCCAGAGCGCGAGGUCGAACAUCCAGGUAUGU